AUGCGGACGAAGUAUCGACAGAGGACAGCGCCUUCUCGGGCACUCCCAAACGCAAAUGAAUCAUCCUUGGGUUCUGGCACCCUGCUCACCCUGCUCACGCACCACAUACUCACUAUCCACGCGGACCUCGUGUUGGUGGACAAACUCGUGCUGCAGGGUGUGCUAGCUCUCAUACUCAACAAGACAGAACUCAUCACCGCGAAGAAGUUCCCCGGGAAUGCAGAUACAAGCCAGGAAGAGAUGACGCAUCUCGCUGUGGAAGACGUUUGGAAGGGGGUUGUGCGUCGUUCGCGUAUGUUCUCUCUCUCUGAGUGUUUGUCCUGUCACGAACUCACUCGCACUGUGAAGGUGAAACAUGGUGAUUUCUCUAUAUACGAGUACUCCCCUGAAGAGGUACUUUUUUUCUUCGUGCAUGAGGAUUGGAGCCCUUCCUCAACCUUGGCCGGGCCAACGUUCAUUUGUAUCCCGCUCACGCGCCGCGGUGUAGCCGAGAGCGUGGUUGGGAGAGGGAGGUACAGAUGCCGGACAACACGUUGGCUAUUUAUGGGUGGUGCGAGGUUGCAGGGGGUUGUUGAUGCACUUUUGGAUGUUUCUUCGUUGACUGGGUCACUCCUGCUCCUACGUCCAAUACUUCUACGUCUUCUACUACCACCACCACCACCACAGCAGCAGCAGCAGCCCCAUACACACCAACUCGCUAUCCCAAUUAUCCGAUCAACGCGUCACAAGCCACGCUUGGUCAACUAUCCUACAAGCCCUUGA